CAUGCCCUUUUGAAACAAAUAGACGUGGCAACGACGUACUUAUAAUUUAUGUUCCUCGAUCCAGAGUAUAUUUAUAUGGAGGUGUGGUGAACAUUUGGAUAGACAUUCUCUCGUCUCUCCCUCUCCAUGCAAAUCGAAUUUUGUGAAGGAUGGGAUGGCGAGUGGAGAAGCUCCCGCAUCCAGCAGCGUUUCUGAGAGAACCGUUUCACGUCUUGUCUACCACGCUCCUCGCUCUUCUCCUUCCUCUCUCGUUCCUUCUCGUGUCGAGACUCCUUCGUGCCAGCUUCUUCUUCAGCUUUGCCCCUGCGGAUCACGCCCUCGAGCCAAUCUCUUUGCUCUUCUCUCUUUUCUUUGACGCCAACCCGACUCUCCUCCUUGCCCUUCUCUGCACCCUCAGCAUUGCCACUCUUGUUCAUUGCUUCACGGGUUAUGUCGAUGUCUUCGGCAGGUCAACCAGCUCGGUCUGCUGGCCCUGCCUUUACAUGGCCUGGGUCUUGCUCUGCGCAUCUCAGAUUUGCAUUCUUUUAGGUAUCAAGGGGAGCUUAGUUCCUGGAGCAGUCAACAGCUCGAGCUUUAGCUUUGAGCCGAAUUCGUUCAGUACGGCCCUUUUCUUUAUAGGAUUGCAUGAGACCAUGGCCAAUUGGUGCAGGGUGGUGGUGAAGCCGGUGGUGGACGACACAGUUCUUGGGUUCCCUAGGGAGGAGAGGUGGACUGAGAGGGCGGCAGCAGCCGUAAGCUUUGGUGGCCUGUGGUGGUGGAGGCUGAGGGAGGAGCUCGAGUCGCUGGUGGUGGUUCCUGAGGUGAAGAGGGAGCUUCUGAUGGGAAUUGGAGCGGCUGACUUUGUGGCUUGGCGGUUGUAUUACCUGACUGUGACUAUUGGGUUGGUCAAAAUUGUCAAGGGCUUCAUGUGGCUUGGACUGACUCUUUCCAGAAGAUUCACAGGGAACGCUGGCGACGACAGCAUAUACUUUCCAGGACCUGGACCCGGACCCAGUUCGUAUGGAGUGGAUAAGCAUCAAUGGCCGGUUCAGCUCAAUCAUUCUUCGACUCCACUUGAUCAAAUCAUCCGAAUAGAUGUAUUGUAGUCACGGUGAUCUUUCCCCCUCCCGACCUCGUGCGAUUCUUAAGGCAAUGUCCAAAACUGAACAUAUCCAUCCAAUUUUCUUGC